UGUGGAGCAUGUGGCCCAGGAUAUGCAACUCCUCUGGAUGCCAUGAAAGGUCCCCGGGAGGAGAUUGUGUAUCUGCCUUGUAUCUACAGGAACACGGGGAUACAGAAGCCUGACUACCUGGCCACUGUGGAUGUUGAUCCCAAAUCUCCACACUAUUGUCAGGUGAUCCAUCGCCUGCCCAUGCCCAAUCUGAAUGAUGAGCUCCAUCAUUCAGGGUGGAACGCCUGUAGCAGCUGCUUUGGGGAUGCCACGAAGAGAAGGAACCGUCUGAUUCUACCAAGCUUGAUCUCUUCUCGAAUUUACGUGGUGGAUGUGGGGACAGACAUGCGAGCUCCUAGAAUCCAUAAGAUUGUUGAGCCAGUGGAGUUACACCAGAAGGGUAAUGCAGCUAAUCCUCACACCUCGCACUGUCUGGGCAGUGGUGACAUCUUAAUCAGCUGUUUGGGAGACCCUUCUGGCAAUGGAAAAGGUGGCUUUAUUUUGCUGGAUGGAGAGACCUUUGAAGUGAAAGGAAACUGGGAGAAUGGGGAGAAGGUGCCUGCCCUGAGUUAUGACUUCUGGUACCAGCCACGGCACAAUGUCCUGCUGAGCACUGAAUGGGGAACCCCAAAAGCCUUGGCAGAUGGGUUUAACCCAGCUGAUAUAGAGAAAGGGCAUUAUGGCAGCCACAUUAACGUGUGGGACUGGAGCACUCACACCUACAUUCAGGCAAUUGACUUGGGGAAGGGCUCUAUACCUCUGGAGAUCCGAUUCCUCCACAAUCCAGAUGCUGCAGAAGGGUUUGUGGGAUGUGCUCUGAGUAGUGCAGUGUAUCGGUUCUACAAGACAGAGAAAGGAGACUGGGCAGCAGAGAAGGUGAUUGAAGUCCCCAGCAAGAAGGUGCAGGGGUGGCUUCUCCCUGACAUGCCUGGUCUUAUUACUGACAUCCUCAUCUCGCUGGACGACAGGUUCCUGUAUUUCAGCAACUGGCUGCACGGGGACAUCCGCCAGUACGACAUCUCCAACACCCGCAAGCCCAAGCUGGUGGGGCAGGUGUUUCUGGGAGGCAGCAUCACAAAAGGUGGGCCUGUAACUGUAGUGGAAGACAAGGAAUUGCAGUGUCAGCCAGAGCCAUUUGUGAUCCAAGGGAAGAGGGUGCGAGGUGGACCUCAGAUGCUUCAGCUUAGUUUGGAUGGGAAGAGAUUAUACGUCACCAGCUCUCUCUACAGUGGAUGGGACAAGCAGUUCUACCCAGAUCUUGUCAAGGAAGGCUCUGUUAUGCUGCAGGUUGAUGUGGAUAAUGAAAGAGGUGGAUUGCGAGUGAAUAAAAAUUUCCUAGUGGAUUUUGGGAAGGAACCUGAUGGGCCUGCCCUAGCUCAUGAGAUUCGUUACCCUGGUGGAGACAAUACCUCUGAUAUCUGGAUGUAAUAGUUGUCUGGAGCUGGUUUCAGGGGUUUUGUUGUUGUUGCUGGUUUUUGGGAGGCUUGUGUUUGGGGUUUUUCCCCUGUUUCUCGUUCUUGCUCCUCUUUACCCUCCACUUCCCUUUCUUAAAGGUGAAUGGGGUCAACUGGAACUUUGUCCACGGUCUAUGUUUAGACUUUCAUUAGGGUGAGCCACAGAAGCUCC